GUCGAUCAUUCCAUUCGCUUCCAAACCCUUUCUCUCGACUGAGCCACAAACCCUUCUCUCUCUCGGAGGGACGUGAUAUAGGGCAAAAAGCACCACCUAAUUCCAAUUGGAAGUAGAGAUGGAGUUGGAUAGAAUCAGCAACUUACCAAGUGGUAUUAUGGAAAAAAUAUUGUCAUGCUUGCCGUUGAAGGACACAGUGAGGACAAGUGUCCUGUCAAGCCAGUGGAGGUACAAAGCAGCUAUGCUUCAACAUCUUGUAUUUGAUUAUCAGUGUCGCUCAGCUCACAGUGAUACUACCUUUGCGGACAUUGUUGAUCAUGUACUUUUAGCUCACAUUGGCCCCAUACACAAGUUCGAGCUUACUCUAGAUCAUUUUGCUAGUAAGGACAUGGAUCGAUGGAUUCUUCAUCUAUCAAGAAACUCUAUCAAAGAGUUCAUACUUCGCCAUUGGGGGAGGCCAUACAAGAUUCCUUCAUGUUUGUUUUCUUGUCAAGAUAUAAUAAGUUUAGAGCUAUCCUGCUGUUUGCUAGAACCACCACCCACUUUCAAAGGGUUCAGGGGUUUGAAGAGCCUUCACUUUGAUCGUGUUUUCUUUGCCCAAGAUGUGUUCGAACACCUGAUUAUUAGCUGUCCUUUGCUUGAGAGUUUGACUUUAAUAUACUGUGACAGUUUCAGCCAUCUCAUGAUUGAUGCACCUAAUCUCAAAUUCCUUUAUGUUAGAGGGUCUUUUAAGGAUGUCCUUCUGGUGAAUACGUCAAAUCUGGUUGAUGUCUCCAUUGGUUUGGAAGAUUUUGAAUUCUAUGUUUCCCAAAGACAGGUUUCUAAAAGUUCUAGCAAUUUGGUCAAGAUUCUAAGUUGCCUGCCUCAGGUUCAGAAGCUCGAUUUCUUCUGUUGCUCUACAAUGUAUCUGGCUAUUGGUGCCUUGCCAGUGAAACUGCCCAGACCAUGUCUGUAUCUGAACUGUCUUAAUAUAACUCUUUGCUUAAGUAAUUUGGAGGAAAGUUUAACGGCCCUUUGCCUUUUUAGAAGUUGCCCAGCUCUGCAAGAACUAGAAGUUCAGGUCUUCCCGGGGGAAGAGGUUGUUGCAAAAGGGAAUUCUUGGUUAGAUGACAACAGGAAAUGUUCAUUCAGCCAACUGAGAUCAGUGUUCAUAAACGACAUCAGAGGUUCCAAACCUGAACUAGAUUUCAUCAGGUAUCUGCUUUUGAAUUCUCCUGUGCUUGAGAGGAUGACUGUUCAGCCUGUUCCUGGUGUUGAAUCUUCAAAAAUAGGAAAGAAGUUGCUCCGGUCUAGCCGUGCCUCAGUGCAUUCAAAGCUAAUCUUCCAGGACCAGUGAUUCAUGAAUGAAUUUUGGCUGCUAACUGCACUUGCUUGCAGAAAUGUAGUGUUUGUUGAAGUCCUUGAUGAAUAUGUCUGUUUUUUUUAGAACCUAUGUGCGGUUUAAAUUUAUUAUCUAGAAACUCUGCUCUUCUCUAUUUACUGUCACCCUAUGUUAAUCUUUCUCCAAUCACUCUUCCAGUUUGUUUUU